CCAUUUCUCAAUAUAAACCCAAAACGAACACUAUCCUCUCAAUCUUAUCAUCCCCAACCAACCAACCAACCAUGGACUCCGAGAUCGCCGCCGACUACUCUCCACUGCUCAAAAUCUACAAGAGUGGCCGCAUCGAGCGCCUCAUGGGAGAAACCGCCGUCCCACCCUCUCUAACCCCACAAAACGGCGUCAUCUCAAAGGACGUCGUCUCUUCACCCGAACACAACCUCUCCGUCCGCCUCUACCUCCCGGAGAAAGCCCCCGGCGGUGAUGAGAAACUCCCUCUCCUCGUCUACUUCCACGGAGGAGGUUUCAUCAUCGAAACAGCCUUCUCGCCGACUUACCACAAUUUUCUCACGGCGGCCGUCUCUGCUUCCGGCUGCAUAGCGGUGUCGGUGGAUUACCGGCGUGCGCCGGAGCAUCCCCUCCCGAUCUCUUUCGACGACUCGUGGACGUCUCUCAAAUGGGUGUUCACACACAUCUCCGGCUCUGGACCGGAGAGCUGGCUAAACGAACACGCAGACUUCGGCAGAGUGUUCCUCGCCGGAGACAGCGCCGGCGCGACGAUCGCUCAUCACAUGACGAUGAGAGCUGCCAAAGAGAAGCUCAGCCCCGAGUUAAGCGACUCGGGAAUCUCCGGCGGGAUCGUCUUGGUUCAUCCUUACUUCUGGUCCAAGGCACCGGUGGACGACAAGGAGACGAAGGACGCUGCGGUGAGGGCCAAGAUCGAGGGGAUAUGGAUGAUGGCUAGCCCCAACAACAAAGACGGAGUGGAUGAUCCGUGGCUCAACGUGGUUCAGUCGGAGUCGGUGGAUAUCUCCGGGUUGGGUUGCGGGAAGGUUUUGGUGUUGGUGGCUGAGAAAGAUGCGCUUGCGAGGCAAGGUUGGGGUUACAAGGCGAAGCUCGAGAAGAGCGGUUGGAAAGGGAAAGUGGAGUUGGUUGAGAGUGAAGGAGAAGAGCAUGUGUUUCAUCUGACGAGACCUGAUUGUGAGAGAGCUGUUGAAGCCAUGAAGAAGUUCGCAGGUUUUAUUAAGGGAGAGAUGUGAGAGAUUAUGAUAUACGUAAUGGAAUAAUUAUAUCUGUCUAUCAGUCUCGGUAAUGGAAUAAUAUAUAAAUUCAAGAAAACAAAUGGGAAACUAUUAUUUUGGUUGAAAAGAAAGAAAAAAUAAAAUAAAAAGAAAGUAAACUCUUUCUGAAUAAAAGAACAGCGCCGUCGUUGAAGAGUUAGCUCCGGUCGCCGUCUCGACGGAACCGGAGGCGUUCCCCUCAUCUCUUUAUCCUUGUUUUCUCUUUGCUCUCUUCUUCCUCUGCUCUCCUUGGUCGAUAUGCAAGUCACUCUGUGCUUGUCGAGGCUUCAACCAGAGGCCUUUUGCGGCUGAUGGUGACGAAGUACGGCUUUCUAUGGCGUGACGGCGAGACUCACAGCGGGACAGUGGAGAUGGGAGUCGGCUUCUAGGGUUGAAACUUUUGUAAAGAUCUGAUUUUCCUUUUCUAGAUCUCCAACGGUAGUUUCGUGAUGACGGCGCGUGGCGUGGUGAGACUGUUCCUUCACCUCAGAUCUACCCCUAUCUAUGGCGGUGAGACUGUAGGAGAUGAUUUAUAUUAGACGGUGGAAAGAGGUCUGUUUGUUGGUUCCCGGAUUCGACGUACGGUUUAGAUCGGCGACGGUAGAGUAGUCAACUAGAGAAGAGGCUCUUGCCGGUGCUGCGUGGUGGAGACGUGUUUCCCAGCGCCGGUGUCUGUCCCGUGGUUGCUCCGGUAACAUAUACUCGGCUCUCUUGGUAGCUGCGACUUGGUGUGCCUUGCUUCGUUUCCAAAGUCGAGACCCGCCCUUUCGAUCCGGACGGUGAUGUUCGGUGCCUGUCUUACAGUAUGGACGGUUUGAUGGUGUACCUUGGCUUUGGUGUACUUAUUCGAUCCUCUUGCUGUGUCUUGUUAUCGGAAUUUAGAUAGUAGUUUUGCGGUAUGCUUGGCGUAUUGUGGCCUCAGUCUCUUGCGUAGUGUUUGACAGUUUCAGAUGCAUUUUUCUCCUCUUUUUGUGGCGGUAGCAGUGAUCUCUCGUCGGUUUGGUGGUCAAUGGCUGUAUUUGUAUUGGGGUUCGAUCGUCGAGGCUUGUUUGUGUGAAGGUUUAUGGUGGGCUUCUAUCUAGGUGUGAAGUGGACGUCAAAGAGUGCGUUCAAUCCUUAUCCAAAAGUUCCGAGGAUCGUGAAGCGAUCUAUCUUGUCGGGUUAUGAAGCCUUGUUUCUUGUUUUCGAGUGUGGGAUGGUAUCGUUUGGCAGGCCAUAGGCGGCAACGAUAAAUCCGGGUUGAGAAGGUGCAUCGGUGUCUUCGGGUUCUACAAGUGGAUUGUAUCGUUUGGCGUGCCGAGAGUGCAGCAACGAUGUAUCCAGAUCAUUGAUACCUGCUACUUGGGAAGUCUUUUGCAUUGGUUUGUCGUGUUCUUUUGUGCGGUUUUUUUUAGUUUAUUGAAUCCUAGUGUGUGGUUUAGUUUCCUUGUCUUGUUAAAGUUAUGUUCAAAAGGUGCUCCGGUGUGGGUUUCAGCUGCCUGUUCUUUGGGUUCUUUGUACGAAAGGUGCCCCGGUGUGGGUUUCAGCUGCAUGUUCUUUGGGUUCUUUGUCUCUGGGGAUUUUUAUCCGCCAGCUUUAUGUAUGAAACAAUCGCAGUUUGUUUA